AGCCCGGCGCUGAGAGCGGGGCUCGGGGCUCGGACGGGGCUCGGGGGUCGCGGCGGGGCCCCCCGGGCCGGGGCGAUGCCCCCCUGCAGCCGCACGGAGUGAGCCGGGGCCGGCCCGUGCAUGGCCCAGCCAUGGAGGUGGUGGACGAGACGGAGGCUCUGCAGCGCUUCUUCGAAGGCCACGACAUUAAUGGAGCUCUGGAACCAUCCAACAUCGACACCAGCAUCCUGGAAGAGUACAUCAGCAAGGAAGACUCUCCAGAGAUCUGCUUCCCUGAGAUCCCUGCUCCCACCAGCUACACACACCCCCAGCCCUCCAGCUCCGCCGGCAUCCCUGCACCUCCCGCCAGCUCCAUCAGCAGCGUGAGCAAUCCCUCUCCCAGCGCUCCCCUCCACCUCCCUCCCGCUGGCAGCCAGCUCCCCAUCCGGCAUGGUCCUCUCCUGGCCAAUCCCUGCGGAGCCGCCUACGGAGCUCACCUCAACUGCAACAACAACAAUGGCAUGGUGGUGCCCAAGGGCUUCCUGGCUGGCCACUGCCUGAACAACGUGGUCCCUCCAAUCAAAUCAGAGCCCAAGGCCUCCUACGCGCCUGGCACUUUGCCAGAUUCUCCCCCGGAUUCUGGAUCGGAAGCCUACUCCCCUCAGCAGGUGAAUGAUCCUCACCUCCUCCGGACCAUGACUCCCGAAAAUAUGUGUCACAUGACUCCGCCUUCCCGCCUGGAGCACCCUCCUCCUCCUCCGCCUCCUCCUCCACCCCCUCACCUCCAGGGUCCCCCUUCCCACUUUCCCGGCCUGCAGCGGGAUAUGUUCCUGAAGGCCGAGCCCCUGAUGCCUCCCUACAGCGUCGGGCCGGGAAUGGCGCCCGCCGAGCUCCACCAUGCCCAGCAAUCCCAGAUGCUGCACCAGCUCCUCCAGCAGCACGGAGCAGACCUCCCGGUGCAUCCCGCCAAGAAGCGGAAACACUCCGAGUCCCCCCCCAACACCCUCAAUGCCCAGAUGCUCAACGGGCUGAUCAAGCAGGAGCCGGGAAUGGGAUCGGUGCCGCUCAAUCCCGAUCGCGUCCAGACUCCUCCCUGGCACCAGCCGGGAGCGCUCUCUCCAGGCCUGAUUCAGGAUAAUGACAGCCUGAACGGCUCCUACCUGGACCCCAACUUCCAGUCCAUCAAGUGGCAGCCACACCAGCAGAACAAGUGGGCAACUCUGUACGAUGCCAACUACAAGGAGCUCCCGAUGCUCACGUACCGCGUGGAUGCCGACAAGGGCUUCAACUUCUCCGUGGGAGACGACGCCUUCGUGUGCCAGAAGAAGAACCACUUCCAGGUCACCGUGUACAUCGGAAUGCUCGGCGAUCCCAAGUACGUGAAGACCCCCGAGGGCCUGAAACCUUUGGAAUGCUUCUACCUGAAGCUGCACGGAGUGAAGCUCGAGGCCUUGAACCAGUCCAUCAACAUCGAGCAGUCGCAGUCAGACCGCAGCAAACGGCCCUUCAACCCCGUCACGGUGAACCUCCCCCCAGAGCAGGUCACCAAGGUCACUGUGGGGCGGCUGCACUUCAGCGAGACCACGGCCAACAACAUGAGGAAAAAAGGCAAACCCAACCCGGACCAGAGGUACUUCAUGCUGGUGGUGGCCCUGCAGGCACACGCCCAGAACCAGAACUACACGCUGGCAGCCCACAUCUCCGAGCGGAUCAUCGUCCGGGCUUCCAACCCGGGGCAGUUUGAGAGCGACAGUGACGUGCUGUGGCAGCGGGCGCAGCUCCCAGACACCGUGUUCCACCACGGCCGCGUGGGAAUCAACACGGACCGCCCGGAUGAAGCCCUGGUGGUCCAUGGCAACGUGAAGGUCAUGGGGUCCCUGAUGCACCCUUCGGAUGUCCGAGUGAAAGAGGACAUCCAGGAGGUGGACACCACGGAGCAGCUGAAGCGAAUCUCCAGGAUGAGGCUGGUGCACUACAACUACAAACCCGAGUUUGCAGCCACGGUGGGCAUUGACAGCACCUCUGAGACAGGCGUCAUCGCUCAGGAAGUGAAGGAGAUCCUGCCAGAAGCUGUGAAGGACACUGGGGACCUGGUCUUUUCCAAUGGGAAAACCCUGGAGAACUUCCUGGUGGUGAACAAGGAGCGGAUCUUCAUGGAGAACGUGGGAGCCGUGAAGGAGCUGUGCAAGCUCACGGAUAACCUGGAGACACGGAUUGAUGAGCUGGAAAGGUGGAGCCACAAACUGGCCAAGCUCAAGAGGCUGGACAGCAUGAAGUCAACUGUGAGCUCUGGAGCCUUCAGCCAAACUGGGAGCCAGUUCAGCCGGGCAGGAAGCGUGCCCCACAAAAAGAGACCCCACAAAGUCGCCAGCAAGUCUCCGUCGGUUGUCCCGGAGCAGGCCUGCAUCAGCCAGCGCUUCCUUCAGGGCACCAUCAUUGCCCUGGUCAUCAUCAUGGCAUUCAGCGUGGUGUCCAUGUCCACGCUCUACGUGCUGAGCCUGCGCAGCGAGGAGGAUCUGGUGGACAUCGAUGGCUCCUUUGCUGUACCCACUGCCUGUCUCCUGGCCCUCUUUCGGCACGGGGGUCCCGGAAUUCCGGUCGCUCUGUGUCCACGGUCAAGCCAGAACAUUGACAAGACGCAGAUCGUUCGAUCCACGGCCGCAUCCAACGGAGCCGGCAGCAAGACCCCCCCAGAGCACGUCCCAGAUGAGACACAUGGAGUAGCCCUUGGCAUUCCCAGUCGCGGUGUGCUGGCCUGUUUCAGCCCUCCCUGUUUUUCCACGUGCUGCUCCGUUGCUCCCACUGACAUCUCCUCCACUGUCCCCUCGGAGACCAGCCCUGCCCAUGCCACCAACCGGACAGACCAAAGCCAGCCCUCCCUCCUGCCAGUGACAAAUAUCAAAGCCAAAUCCAGGGGCAUCACCGGGAAAUCCACCUCCUACACCAAGUGGCCAAAGACUCCUGACAGGUCUCAGAGCUUCGGCAGCCCCAAUGCCAGCCCCUCCUCCCCCUUCUCCCACAUCCAGGGCAAAUCCAAGUACAUCUCCAACCUCUCGCUCUCCCGCAGCAACUCCCGGCAGCAGCGCAGCCUCCGGCAGCCGGUGAGCGAGCGGCCCCGCACGGAGCAGCCCGGCACGGAUGGGCCAAGCCCGGUGCUGCAAUCCAUCCGGAUCCUGGAGGUCAACCUGGCCAUCCAUUCCCAGUACUGUGCCGCUGCUGACGCAUGCAGGACUGGGAAUUUCAGCUACCGCAUCCCUGUGAGCCAGCAGACAGCUGUGAACACCAACCUGACCCUGGAGAUGAACUCCUCCUCCACUGUGUCCAUCUCCCUUUGUGACCUUGUCUCCAGUGAUCCCUGCCAGGAUGCUGUGAGCAGGAACAGCUCCACUGACUCCACCGAUGCACAGGACACCACGCACCGCUGGCCUCUGGUGAUGCUGUCCUUCCGGGAGUUUUCCUACCACUUCCGAGUGGCGCAGCCGGGCCGAGCCGACUGCAGCACUUCCCUGGAGCAGCUGGGACACCUCUUCACUGACUAUUACUUCCAGUUCUACUGGCUCUGUGAGUGAGUCCCGGCAGCACCAGUGCCCUCUGCUCAGAGACAGGAGGGGAACUGGUGCCACUGGGAGCCUCCCGAAUUCCCUGCUCCGCUGGCCCCCAGCCCCACCUCCUCCCCGUGUCCUGCGGCAGCUCCGGAGCUGGAAUGGUGAUGGCUGGAGACACUGAAGCUCAGGACAGACAGGACCUAAAAGCCACCACCAGCCCUGUGGUGGCUCCUGAGGAACCGAUUCCCAGCAUCCCACACCCCUCUCCUUCCCUUAGGGGGAUGUUUGUGUCCUCCAUCAUUUCCCCCUCCCCUUCCAACACUGGAUUUGGAAGCAUCACACCGGACUGAGCGUGGACAGCUCUCCCACAUCUCAGAGGGAUGCUCCUUCCAUGGACAGGAGCCCCACCCGGUGCUCCCAGAUGUCCCACAUCAGUUUUUCACAACACUGGAAUUGCUUCAACACUGGAGCCCUUUCCAAGAGCCAAACGCUGGAGUUUGGCCUGGAAAGGAUGGCUGUGCCUGGACCUACUGGAAGUUCUACACUGGAGUUGCUGUUCCUUCUGCUUGGCCUAGGGCCACUUCCCACAGACUUCCCAGACACUCCUGGACCUGCCAAUGGACACGUUCCUCUAGGAACAACCGGAGAAGGAGCAGCUUCGACGUCAUCCCCCCUCUUCUUUGUGCUCUUAAAUCCCAUAUCCAUGUGGGAUAUCCAGGUCUGGAUGGAUAAAACCCCCACUCAAGCUGCUGCUGAGGCCAUGCCACACCUGGGGACACUUGUCCCCAAGCCAGGGGUGACAAAUGACUGGGACUUACCCACAUUUAGUGUGGUAGGAUCCGUUUUUAUCCGCUUGGAAGCGGCGUGUGCGGAGCUGCCUGGUCGGCUCUGGAGCCAGUGCCAACCUCUGCCCAGAUGUGCAGCACUGGCAAAGCCUGGAGUGCCCUGC